AUGGAGGUGUCGGGCAUCUUCAGCCGAUCAGGGUCCAUCAUUGGUGGUCUGUGCUGCCUGCUAGCUUUUGCACACAAGCUGGCAUGGAUACAGGGCCGGGACGAUGGAGCACUGGCCCCGCCAGAUCCAGUGCCGCUGUUUCACCGUCCGGACUUGCAGGCCUUGGCCAUCAAGAGAGAUCUCAGAGGUCUAGGCCGGCCAACAUUCAGUGCAGCUCUGGGCCCAAAACCGGCUAGGACACUCUUCAUGGCAGAUUUGGCAGCGGAGCUCUUGGAGGCACGGGCCGAGUUCGACACGUUCGGAGCGUACAUGCAGACCCCGCCGGCGCUGCAACAGCAGCGGCAGAAAGUAGCGGAGACGUCCGCACCCUCGACGGAGAUGGGAACCACCCCGGCUCCAACACCGCCUCCGAGCCAGGAUGGCAGCGAGACCAUGGAAGUGGACAAGGACAGGGAGAAGCGCUCGGCCGACCAGCAGUCUCCCAAGGAUGCGCCUCCACCGUCCAAGUGGGCCAAGGGGGAUGCGAAGGGCGACAGCAAGCCGGAGGAGACCCAGUCGGGCAAGGGACGGGCAGCGGACGGCAUGCCACAGCAGUCGCAGGCGGCUCGGGGCUCCGGGCAGAACUUGGGGUCGGGAGCCGGUCAGGGCUCGAGCCUUCAGGACACUCAGGCCACGGACAAGACGGGAGGCCAGAGCUCCAAGCCGGGCUCUCAGCAGCUGGCCAAUCGGAGGAGGCCCGGGAACUACCGCCAGUGGCCGAACAACCAGAGCGGCGGCAACCAACGCUGGGAAAGCAAGGAUGCCAAGGAGCUUCGCGAGCUCAAGGAGGCGGUCAAAGCCUUGGGUCGGAUGAGCCUCCGGAUGGAAGAUGCGUUGGGGGUGAUCCACCUCGACUCCGAGUACAUCCUCUUUUUGCAAACGGAGGCGGCCGGCAACGAGUGGGCGAUUACCAGGCAGCUCUACGACACGGCGGUCGAGUG